UGGCCGGUGGGCGCGCGCCAGGCCGGCAGCCAUGGCGGCGGCGGCAGAACGGAGCCGCCUCAGCUUCCCCGGCGGUACCGGGGCGCUGGGCCGGCCUGUGCCUAUGAACCUCUUCGCCACCUGGGAGAUCGACGGUUCCAGCCCCAGCUGCGUUCCUAGGUUGUGCAGCUUGACAUUAAAGAAACUGGUAGUCUUAAAGGAAUUGGAUAAGGAGCUUAUUUCUGGGGUCAUUGCUGUUAAAAUGCAGGGCUCCAAGCGCAUCCUGCGGUCACACGAGAUCGUGUUGCCCCCGAGCGGACACGUGGAGACGGAGCUGGCGCUGACCUUCUCGCUGCAGUACCCUCACUUCUUGAAGAGAGAAGGCAACAAGCUUCAGAUCAUGCUGCAGCGGCGGAAGCGGUACAAGAAUCGAACCAUUUUAGGUUACAAGACUCUGGCCGUGGGCUCUAUCAACAUGGCUGAGGUCAUGCAACACCCGACAGAAGGUGGCCAAGUUCUGAGCCUGUUCAGCAAUAUCAAAGAGGCUGCAGUGAAGGUAGCAGAAAUCUGGAUUUUCUCUUUGUCAAGUCAGCCAAUUGAUCAUGAAGACAGCACUAUGCAGGCCAGCCAGAAGAUCAAGUCUACAGACAACUAUUCCGAGGAAGAGUACGAGAGCUUCUCUUCUGAGCAGGAGGCCAGUGAUGAUGCCGUGCAGGGCCAGGAUCUGGAUGAUGAUGAGUACGAGCUGGGCAAGCCCAAGAAGCAGCGGAGAUCGAUAGUAAGAACGACGUCCAUAACCAGGCAACAAAACUUCAAACAGAAGGUUGUGGCAUUGCUGAAGAGGUUUAAAGUGUCUGACGAGGUUCUGGAUUCAGAACAGGACCCAGCAGAGCACGUUCAAGAGGUGGAGGAGGACCUAGAUCUUCUGUAUGACACUCUGGAUAUAGAGAACCCCAGUGACAGCGGGCCUGAAAUGGAGGAUGAUGACAGUGUCUUGAGCACUCCGAAGCCAAAGUUAAAACCUUAUUUUGAAGGCCUAUCACACUCCAGCUCGCAGACAGAAAUUGGUAGCAUCCACAGCAUCAGGAGCCAGAGAGAGCCAUCAAGUCCUGUAGAAGUGCCUGAAAAGACAAAGACUCUUGGAACCAAGCACACAGGCGACAGCAUUUCUGACAACGUCUCUUAUGAGUCUAACCAGCAAGCUGAGGUCCAGGAAGCUGAACUCCCCACUCCAGAUGUAUUUGUUGAGAAGCUUCCACCCAGCGGGAAGAUCACCAAGACCGAGUCCCUCAUUAUCCCAUCCACCAGGUCUGAAGGCAAGCAGACGGGGCGGCGGGGCAGGAGCACGUCUCUGAAGGAGAGGCAGCCAGUGAGGCCGCAGAACGAGAGAGCCAACAGCCUGGACAACGAACGCUCCCCGGACACCCGGCACCACUUACAGAUUCCCAGGAAAACAGUGUAUGACCAACUAAAUCACAUCCUAGUUUCUGAUGACCAGCUGCCAGAAAACAUUAUUCUUGUCAAUACUUCUGACUGGCAAGGCCAGUACCUGUCAGACAUCUUGCAAAAGCACACCUUGCCCGUGGUCUGCACAUGCUCCUCAGCUGACAUCCAGGCAGCUUUCAGCACUAUUGUCUCCAGGAUACAGAGAUACUGUAACUGCAAUUCACAGCCUCCAAACCCAAUUAAAAUUGCUGUGGCUGGAGCCCAGAAUUACCUCAGUGCUGUAUUGAGGCUCUUCGUAGAGCAGCUGUCUCACAAAACCCCAGACUGGCUUGGCUACAUGAGAUUUUUGAUCAUCCCUUUAGGCUCUCAUCCAGUGGCCAAGUAUCUGGGGUCUGUAGAUUACAGAUACAACAACUUCUUCCAAGAUCUAGCCUGGAGAGAUCUGUUCAACAAACUCGAAGCACAGACCACUGUUUUGGAAACGCCUGAUGUCGUCUCCCGGAUAACGCAGUAUAUAGCAGGGGCAAACUGUGCACACCAGUUGCCCAUCGCUGAAGCAAUGCUGACAUACAAGCAGAAAAGGAAAAAGAGCUUUCAUUUUGAUUUUGCCAUAAGCCCCGACGAAGAAUCUUCGCAGAAGUUCAUUCCCUUUGUUGGGGUGGUGAAGGUUGGAAUAGUGGAACAGUCUUCUGCAACAUCAGGUGACUCUGAUGACGCCGCUCCCUCAAGCUCCAGCGUCCUUUCUUCUACUCCACCUUCUGUGUCUCCUGCUUUGAAAGAAGCCUCCCCCACACCACCCUCCUCACCAUCCGUCACAGGCAGCUUCUCGUCCUCAAGCCAGAACCUCGGUGCUGAGUUGAUGGGCCUGCAAGUGGAUUACUGGAUUGCAGCUCCACCCAUGGACAGAAAGAGAGACCCAGAGAAGAAGGACCCCUCCACUACCAAAAACACACUGAAAUGCACUUUCCGGUCCCUCCAGGUCAGCAGGCUACCUGCCAGCGGUGAGAUUGCCACCACUCCGACCAUGUCCAUGACAGUUGUGACAAAAGAGAAGAACAAGAAAGUGAUGUUUUUGCCCAAGAAAACAAAAGACAAGGAGGUCGAGUCCAAGAGCCAGUGCAUCGAAGGGAUCAGCAGGCUGAUUUGCACAGCCAAGCAUCAGCAGAACAUGCUGCGCGUCCUGAUCGAUGGAGUGGAGUGGAACGACGUCAAGUUCUUUCAGCUGGCAGCACAGUGGUCCUCCCAUGUCAAGCACUUUCCCAUCUGCAUAUUUGGACACUCCAAAUCUAACUUCUAACCAUGCUCAGCGAAGGGACCUUCUGUCCAUCCUGAGGACUGCACACCAGGAGCCAGGAACUGCGUGCCAACUCUUGACUCACGUCGCUCUGCCCUCUCCUGCAGAAUUAAUUACAGAUGUGCUUGGAUUACUUUUGAAUUACUUUUUUCUAUUAACUCCUAAGUUUACUACAAGGGAAGGAAACCCCUUUAAACAAAGGCAAAAAAAACAACCCAGUCUUAAACAUAGAUGUGCUGACAACAUGAAGUCGUGGGGGAGUUGGCAGGAGCAGGCAACCUGCCCAAGAACACUUACCACUUAUGAGCAGAUAGCUGAGUAACUGCACUGCUUAUUAACCUGAGACCUCAUUGGUGUGAGUGGGCUGGGGAGCCGUGGAUCAGCUCGAGUGGAUUUUGUGGAAGAUUGUGUGCAUUACAGUGCACUUGGCCCCCUUUUUCUGUGUCUCUAGGGAAAAAAGAUGGCCAGUCUCCCUUCCUGCUGCCAAAGGAUGAGAGCUCAGCGAGUCUGGAGGCAGUUCAACUGCUGGGUUUGAAAAAUAAACCAUUUGCAUAGCUAGGGAGGUGUGAAGAAGAGGUCCCCUUCAGAGCAUGGGGUCUGCCACAGAGAUGGGCAGAUGUUUGUGCUGAAGCAAUGUCUGUGGAAGGUUGGGUAGGAAGAGGAGUUAGGGAAACACUAGGUGUAAAGAAACUCCAGUGUCCCAGGUCUGAGACAAAGACCAAAUUGAGCCAGCCACAAUGUCCCUACAGCUGGCUGCGCUGCUGAGGGGCCACUGUUUGUCAGUGGGGUCGCUGCUAUUGACAUACUCACACCAAUUAGUUACCUGUCAAUAAAACCUCGUCCAGCCUCUAAAAGGGAAAGGAUUUUUUUAACAGCUGCAGAUUUUUUUUAAUGCUUUCUUAAAAAAAAUAAAUAAAAACAAAAAAUAAGACAGGAGGAAAAGAAAAAAAAAUAGAAGUUGCCAAAAAACCAAACCCAGGAAGACAGGAGGAGGAUGAGCUGUUGUCUGUGAAGUGAUCCAUCACUAGUGGCUGGCCUGGGACCCAGCCCAGCGCUCUGCAUGUCCAGCUGCCUUCACAUCUGUCUGUCAAACUGCACACAUGAGGUAGUGUGGGCUGCGCUCUCUGCUGCCUUUGUCCUGCCCCGACCACACUCUGCUCUCCUGAGCCUGCUGUCAUCUCCUUCCUGUGCCACCCCAGGCUGGGUGCAGGCUGCCUGGCUUCAGAGCUGCUACAGGAGCAGGUUUUCACUGUCCCCUUGAACCACCCUGGGACCCUUCCUCAGAGGGACAGAGGCUGUAGCAAAAAUGAAAGGUUCUGGGGGAUGGCACCGUGCCCUUAGCUGCUCUAUAAAUGGGCAUUGUUCUUUAACUUCUGCUUUCUGAGUAUUCUUCCCUGUGAGCAUUUCUCCACAGAUGGCAUCUCUCUGCCAGCAGGCCGUGCUUUUGCCUUGGCACAGCACUGCCCGCGGCUGCAGGCUUUGCUCUAGGGAUUUCAGUACCAGUGUGCAGUCAGUGGAAGCUGUAGCAUAGGGCAUGAGAAAGGAUGAAACCAGCUAGGUUCUCGGUCCACAUCAGGCAGCAAAAUGUCCUGUGAGAUGGAGGAGUGAGAUAUUUGGGUGUCUCACACUGCUGGCUUGGCUGUAGCUGUACUUGUAUUCACUUUGUACUUCAGAAAUAUUUUUGGUGCCAGGACAAGAGGAUGCUCUUAGAAGGAGUCACUAUGACAAGUCGCAGGUCUGUGCAGCUCUGAGUGCUGCAACUGUGGCCUUUUAUUCUCCAGGCUUUCCAGGUCAUUCCUGGGAGGGACUGGGAGCAGGUGGCAGGUGGAGUUUGAGAAGCUGAGUGUGUUUGCCAUGGAAGAACUGACUGGCAUCUCUGGCAUUUCAGGGUAAGGUUUUGAGGUUUUCUAUGGGGUCCGUAUGGGUCCCACCCUUGUGGGCAGGCCAGGCUCUGUGAGCAUUUGCAGAAGGCACUUUCUUAGGGCAGGAUGCUUUUGAGCUUACUUUUGUUUGUCUAAUCCCUUACUUUUGGGUUUCUAGAGGCUUGGGGGAAACGCACUUUUACCUGCAGGGGCUGCCCGGGUUCUUUUGGACAGGGCAGUGGAGGUGUGCUUUGUUAGACUUCCUCCUGCUAAUGGUGAGAAAGGGGUUAUUAGGUGAGAGCAUGGUCCUUGAUCAAUCUAGUGCCUGUUGCAGCUCACAGCACAGGCUGCUGCGCCACCUCUGAUUCCAUUAAACACUUUUCCAGCACAAGCGCAACCUACUCAGCCAGGGCUGGGUGUUCCCUCCGAACUGCGUAGGGGAGGAGGAUGUGGUCCCACUCCCGGUGGUACGCAGCUGGGCAGGAUAUAUUGUCCAGUUGCAGUGCUCUGUUUCUUGCCAUGGUCCCACAGGGAAGUCUGUCUGCUGGCUCGGCUGCAGCAGAAGCUGAGCCGUGGUUCGGGUACUGCCGUGUCCAUCAGUUCCUGUGUUUUCUGCUGACCUGAGCCAGUGCUCUGGACCUGUCUGGUGUUGCCUAGCAGCGGUAGCGUGGCAGACGGUGUAUAAGCACAUCACUUCUUUUUCUUUAUUGAGGCAUUGCAUUAAAACAAAAAAAAAAAGGGGGUGUGGGGGUGUGCUUUUUAAAAGCAAUUAGUCAGCGUGUGAUUUGUUCCUCCAGUCUUGCGCUGGUGUGACAAGAGUGAUUGGGCUGAGUUCCGGCGUCGGGAGCCACCUGCAGCCUGGGCAGCUCUGGGUGCUGGAGCGUGUUAAGUGCUGCAGAGGUGGGGUUGGACUGACCGACUGCAAUAACUUUGUUUACCGGGGGGUAAGGGAGGGGAACCAUCACUGUGCUCCUCUUUGUAUUUCAACCUACUGUAAAGAAAACAAACGGUAGCUAGGACAGGACUUCCAAGGUCCUGCCUACCGAGUGUGUUUUGCCCUGCUCUACUCUGCGUGUGUGUUUUUCUGUCUGUGUCUGUGAGAGAAAUGCUUCUGCUCCUUGCAUUUCGUGUAGGUUUGUGUUUUGUUCUGACUUUAUUCAUGCGAAUUUGCCAGGAAACUCUCUGUACACUUGAGGGCUUGCAUCUUCAUAGGGUUUUUCUCCUGUGGAAAGCUCUAAAAUGCCUCUCCAUGUAAAGAAACAUCUCAGAUUCUCAGCUUUGACCUCCUGGAGUGCAGCAGUGUGCCCAGAGGUGGCUGUGGUGCUUCUCAGACAUGGAAGCAAGGAUUGGCACGCAAGUUUGGUUGUGCUGCUCCAGUCAGGGUGUUGUGCCUCUCUUGUUUUUCUUCUAUCAUGUUGAGCCACUUUGUGCAGCUAUUUCUGUCCCUGACUGGCAGAGAAAUGGAUUUCUGUCUCUAAGGAAAAUGAGUGUUGAAGCAUGCAUGUGAUUCAGACUGAUCUGGAAGGGGCUUUGCAUCUGGUGACACGACUGACUGACUGAUCUCAGGUCUUGCACCCUCCCAACUUCCCCAACAGUUUUCUGGAGGACUCUGCCAUAAGCAGGCCCCCCUAGCCAAAGGAUCCCUGCUGUGGGGCCAGGGAGAGCUGUCAGGGCAGCGAUGGGUCCUGCAGAGCUGCACCAGCCUGGGGGUUAGGUGAAUGCAUGCAAGUCAGUGAGGCAAGGAAGGUGCAACUUGAGUGAAGCAAAGCAGUGGCUUUAUCUCAUCUGCCUGUGUUAGACAGGGCUUGCUUUGGAGCUGCAUGAAGGCAGGGGCUGGAGCAAGCAGCAUCUGAGCUGAUCGCUGGCUGGAAGGUGCUUUGAAGGCAGUAUCUCUUGGUCUCUCUGUCCCUUAUGUCCCAGACCUCUCACUGCUCCUCGCAGAGCUUUUGCCUCUUGCUUGUCUGUCUGUGGCUUCUUAAAGCAGCCAGUUUCUUUUCCAGCUGCUCUUUCCCCACCCUUCAGAGGUGAGAUCGCGGGAACAGGCUCACUGUGCUGCACGGCGCUGACCUAAUUUAACCGUGCUGGCGAGCAGAUGAAAGAUGGAAGGGUUUUGUGGUGUCGCGUUGCACCUUGAGAGCUUCCUGGUCCUCCGGGUUGAGUUUCCUGGAGGCAAAAGCUGGCCCUGGGCCCUUCCAGCAUUCAGUUAGAGUUGGCUCUCCUGCUAUGCUGAUGACUUCGUGAACAUGUUGCUGAUUUAGUUCAGCACUGCAGUUUCCAUCCAGGUCAGUUGUUACCGGUUACAUCUUGGCAGUAACUGCAGAGCUGUCGAUUACAGCUGGGUUUGGGGAUGGCCACCGUCUCUGGCUGUGUUCUGCUGCUUUGACUGGCAUACGCUUGUGCCUUCAUACUGCUGAGAAGGCAGGGGUGCGUUUGGUUCCCAUCCUGCAAUGCAGGUGAGAACCACACUGCCCCGUGCUUAACUUGAUGAUCUCGAAGGUCCUUUCCAAGCUGGUUAUUUCUGUGAUUCUGUAACCUGCCAUUGCAGCAAAGCCUCUGCUGUGAGUCUUAUCAGCUAUGUGUGCUGGAGGGAGCACAGGAGAGUUGGGGUGGAGGACAUUAUACCUGGCACUUCCAAGUUUAGGAAGAAAGUCCUGGUAAGAGGCAGCAGAGGUGGUGACCUUCUCCUGCGGCUUAGUGUGCCAAGGAAUUGGGAAGGCUGGGAUUAGGGCAGACCCACUGUGCAGCGCUAAAUGGCUGGGUGCCCUGGAGCUUUCUUGAAGCUGGGGUGGAUGCAAUGCCUCAGUCCUCUUUGUGCAGUGGUUUCAAUCCUGGCAGGUAGCUGUGUGGCAGCAUUUCUUGUGUCACACUCCCUCUGGGCUUGCCUGGCAGGGAGUAAGCCAGAAAUGAGCAGCAGCAUCUCCCAGAUGUUUCCUGGAGCCUCAGUGGGGUUCUCCUGGGAGAUAAUCCUUGCAGGGCUGGCUCCUGCAGUGUCAUUUAGCUGCUUUGAGGUGGACUUGGGGAGAAGGGGCCAUGCCAGCCUGGAAAGCAGCAGGUUGCUGGUUUCCUUAAGGAACAGCACUGGUGUGGGGCCAUAGCCAGUCAGAUACUGCUUUGCUUCCUGGCCAGUGUGUUGCCUGCCGUGGCUGUGGAGAAGUGCAUUGUAAGCACAGCUAGCAGGGCUGUGUGUGCCACCAGCCUUGCCUGGACCUGGCAUACGAGGGACAUUACCACUUUGUAGAUUCCUGAGUUGUCCAUCUGUUUCAUUGUUGUAUUGUUUGGGUUCUAGGUUUUUUUAAAUGAAGACAGAUUAAAUGUAAAUAGCCUUUUUUUGGAACAAACUGCAAUGUGCUCGACCUCGUCAACUAUUUUAUGGUACUAAUGCAACACUAAUAAAACUGGACAUGAAAGCACA